AUGGGUAACGAGAGAACCGCGGACUUGGCGGUCCACGAACUAUCUCCUCGCACGCGAUCAGGCAGCGCAAGUAGCGGCCAUAAACGAAUACUUUCGGGUUCCCUUCUUUCGAGACUUUCCUUCCUUCGCGUGAACCGGGCAGCACAGGACCCCUUGGACAGACAACACCCAGGCAUGGACCACGAUGGCGACGAAGACCUCAACUCCGGUAUGCCGCAGAGCACAGGCAAGGGAGGAACUACCAGCAGCCGGGCAAUGUCUGCCGCUCUCGCACAACACCGAACGCGUCGCCGACGAGGCUCCCUCCGUAAAACUGCCUUGCUAGGCACUAGGCUCGAAUCGCGCGACAAAAGAGCCACCGCAAAAGCCGCCGAAGCUCUGGAAGCCCUCCGCGCAGAACCCAGCCGACUCCCCGCCGCCAACCUACAAGCGUCUAUACAACCAAAAGAUCAAACCCCUUCUGAUAAUGGACCUACACGAUACUCGCCGCGCGCGAGUGAGGCCUUCGACGACCGCGACGAUACCCAGCAGCCGGCCUGGUUCCGGACGGCAAAUCCCCAGAAACCCGUCCGACCCUCAAUAAGUCGCCGACGCCAGGGCCUCGCACAGCACAAUCUCCAAGAACAAGCCACCGACGACGAGGAUCUAAUCUCCUUCCUCGCCUCCACUCGAAUUCAAACCCCACGGCGGCCGGCACGGGCACCAGCCCCAAAAUCGGCUCUGCAGCUGCCUCAGCCCGAACCGGCAUACCUACCCGUCCACCGACACAAAUCCUCGCCCCUGGUCACACACCCGGUUGAGAUGAAGAGCAGUCCCGAUGCGGACGUGGACUACUCCGAGACCGAGUGGUGGGGCUGGAUUAUACUGGUUGUGACGUGGCUGGUCUUUGUUGUGGGCAUUGGGAGCUGCUUCGAGGUUUGGAGCUGGGCUUGGGAUGUUGGGGAGACGCCCUAUGCGCCGCCUGAGUUAGAGGAUGAUCCUACUUUGCCGAUUGUCGGGUAUUAUCCUGCACUUAUCAUCCUCACGGCUGUCAUGUCUUGGGUUUGGGUUGUUGUCGCAUGGGUUGGUAUGAAGUACUUCAAGCAUGCUAAUAUAUCCGGGGAAGAUAUUUGA